AUGUUCUCAAUUACAAAGCGUAGUAGUUACAAGUGUAGAUUCUGCAAUACAUUUUACAAUAGCACAAGAAAAGUCAAUUUAUGUAGAAUUCAAUGUAUGAAAACCCAUUCUUCAAACAUAGUUAAUUUUGAGAUUUCCCAACCCAUUUCUGUCCCUGAGCAAACCAACGUUGUAUCAAGUAUUGUAUCUGGAUACACCUCUGAAGAAAACACAGCCAUAAUUGAUAACCAAACUGUGGAUGCCUUCAAUAAUGGUGACAAUAAUAAUGAUCAGCCCAUAUAUGAUGCCAAUCUUGAUCAUGCCAUGAAUGACAUCUACAUUAAAACCUCUCCUCUGAUAUUUGAUUUCAGUCAACCCACUCCCGUUCCUAACAAUGACGACGCAAAAAAUCUUGAGUUCAUUAAGAUAAUCAAGGAUUUUGGAAUUCCGCAUGAAGCACAUGCAAUGAUUGCUCGUCAUUUCAACAAGAUUCUAGAGACAUCUAAUGACAUAACAUACAGAGCAUGCUUUUCAUACCUUGGAGAUAAACUUCUUGAGAGAUAUUCUUCUGUAAAAGGAGAUAAGUAUGACAUCUGCUGUAAUGAUUGUAAACUUUACAAUGACAGUCAUGAGAUAGUGUGUCCUAAUUGUGAAUGCCAAAGACAAAGACGGAUUGCCAAUCCCUGUCAAAACAAUGAUUCAGAUCUCUUUGGCUAG